CGCAGCCAGCUCAUGCACCCGACGCUGACCUCUCACCAACCACUAUUUUCACUCUCACCCCCUCACUUCUCUACAAUUCAUUCAUUUCAUAUUCUUUCUUCCUUACCACAACAUUCCAUUGCUUCUCAUUCCAUAGUUGUUAUACUACUGUGACCUGUCUCGCUUCUUCAUCCCUUCCUUCUCCUUAUAUACCUGUCCCCUCACUCUCUCUACUCUCACGCUCUCUCGCACUACCAAUGGACUAUGGCAGGCUCCAACCCUCCCAACCCGGUGGCUCCUCCCGCCGCUCCGAUUUUUCCAUUCCUCCCCCUGCCUCCCCCCGCAGAAACAAGAAACUCAUCUUCCUCUCCCUCCUCGCUCUUGUCUUGAUUGUGGCUUCAGCCAUUUCCGCCGUGCUCCUUGUCGGCAACAGACAUCGGUCUUCGGGUCCGGACCAGUCGGGCAUCGGCGGGAAGCCCACUCAGGCUAUUUCACGCACCUGCGGCAAAACUCAGUUCCCUUCCCUCUGCGUUAAGUCCCUCCUCGAUUUUCCCGGUUCCACCGCCGCGUCGGAGCAGGACCUCGUCCACAUUUCCCUCAACAUGACAUUGCAGCACCUGAGCAAAGCCUUCGAUUCCUCCACCGCCAUCUCCAACGUCCAGAUGGGUCCGCGUGAACGGUCGGCAUAUGAGGACUGCCUCGAGCUCCUCGAGGAUUCCGUCGACGCGCUCCUGCGCUCCCUUACCUCUGUCGUUCCCUCCCCCUCUGGCGGCGGCGGCGGCGGCUCGACCGACGAUGUGCUGACCUGGCUCAGCGCCGCACUCACGAAUCAAGACACGUGCAGUGAGGGGUUCGCUGACACGAGCGGCGCAGUGAAAAAUCAGAUGGCCAGUAACUUGAAGAACUUAUCGGAGCUCAUUAGCAAUUGUCUGGCGAUAUACGCCGGGAGCGAUGCCGGCAACGAUUUCUCAGGGGUUCCGAUACAGAACAGAAGAAGAUUAAUGGGAGACAUUGACAAUGGCGAUAUCUCGGGCGAAUUCCCAACCUGGUUAGGCAAAAGAGACAGACGAUUGUUGAGCACGCCGGCACCGGCGAUACAAGCUGAUAUCGUCGUGUCGAAGGACGGGAGCGGAACCGUUAAAACCAUCGCGGAGGCGAUAAAGAAAGUGCCUGAGCACAGUAGUCGCCGGAUUAUCGUGUACGUGAAGGCAGGAAGGUACGAAGAGGAGAAUUUGAAGGUUGGGAAGAAGAAGACCAAUGUGAUGUUCGUAGGUGAUGGGAAGGGCAAGACAAUUAUCACAGGAGGCAGAAAUUUUGCGCAAGGCACCACUACCUUCCACACUGCCUCCUUCGCUGCUUCUGGGGCUGGUUUUAUUGCCAAGGAUAUGACGUUCGAGAACUACGCGGGGCCCGGAAAGCACCAAGCGGUGGCCCUUCGUGUCGGAGCCGACCAUGCGGUGGUGUACCGAUGCAGCAUCAUCGGGUACCAAGACACAUGUUAUGUCCAUUCCAACCGUCAGUUCUUCCGGGAAUGUGACAUUUAUGGCACUAUUGACUUCAUCUUCGGCAACGCCGCUGUGGUUUUCCAAAGCUGUAACCUCGUAUCUCGAAAGCCCAUGGCCCAACAGACGAACACCAUCACGGCCCAAAAUAGAAAAGACCCGAAUCAGAACACGGGUAUUUCCAUCCACAAUUGUCGGAUCCAAGCCGCUUCAGAUCUGGAGGCGGCCAAGGGAAGCAUCCCAACCUAUCUGGGCCGUCCGUGGAAGAUAUACUCUAGAACCGUUUACAUGCUAUCCUACAUGGGGGAUCACAUAAAUCCGCGCGGAUGGUUGGAGUGGAAUGCCACAUCUCCGGUAGACAAAUUGUAUUAUGGAGAGUAUAUGAAUAGUGGGCCGGGUGCAGCUGUUGGGGGCCGGGUCAACUGGCCAGGGUAUCGGGUUAUAACGUCCAAGGAGGAGGCAAGUAGGUUCACGGUGGCGCAAUUCAUAGCGGGGUCGUCAUGGUUGCCGUCGACGGGGGUGGCAUUUGUCGGAGGACUAUCUAACUGAAUGAAUUCAAUUUCGCUCAAAAGGUAUGGGCGUGAUUAGCGUUAUCGAGUCUUUGGUUCAAAAUGGCCGGGAAAGACUUGUGUAUUUAUUGUUAUGGGUUUUUACGACGUAAUUGUACCAAAAUAUAGGUUUUCCUGGUAUCGAUUUUUUGCUUCUUCAAAUGUUGUAAUAAAAUUAUAUAAAGCUGUAAGCAACAAUAGUCGUUUUAUAGUAAUUAUUGUUUGUGGGGCA